GCGCGCGCGUGCGCAGUGGUGGGUCUAGCGCGUGCGCAGCGGCUCCUCCGGGCUCCAGCUUCUGCUACUCACGCUCCUCCUCCGGCUCCCCACCCCCAAGCCCGCCGCGGCCCGGUAUCAACGUGGUCCCGCCAAGGGAGCCGUCGUGCCUCGUGCUCCCAGGACGGCGGUGGUGUGCGCUCGCGGCUCUUGGCGCUAGGCAUGGCGAUGGAUCAAGUGAACGCGCUGUGCGAGCAGCUGGUGAAAGCGGUGACGGUCAUGAUGGACCCCAGCUCCACCCAGCGAUACCGGCUGGAAGCCCUCAAGUUUUGUGAAGAGUUUAAAGAAAAGUGCCCUGUCUGUGUCCCUUGCGGCUUGAAGUUGGCUGAAAAAACACAAAUUGCCAUCGUCAGACAUUUCGGCCUUCAGAUCCUGGAACACGUUGUCAAGUUUCGAUGGAACAGCAUGUCUCGAUUGGAGAAGGUGUUUCUGAAGAAUAGUGUCAUGGAGCUGACUGGAAAUGGAACAUUAAACAUUUUGGAAGAGGAAAACCAUAUUAAAGAUGUUCUGUCUCGAAUUGUGGUAGAAAUGAUUAAGCGUGAGUGGCCACAGCACUGGCCUGACAUGUUAAUGGAAUUGGACACUCUUUCUAAACAAGGGGAAACACAGACAGAAUUAGUGAUGUUCAUCCUUUUGCGACUGGCAGAGGACGUAGUGACCUUUCAGACACUUCCCCCUCAAAGAAGAAGAGAUAUCCAGCAAACAUUAACCCAGAACAUGGAGAAGAUCUUCACUUUUCUACUUAACACACUUCAAGAAAAUGUAAACAAGUACCAGCAAGUGAAGACAGAUACUUCUCAGGAGUCAAAGGCUCAAGCAAACUGUCGAGUAGGAGUUGCAGCAUUGAAUACUCUCGCAGGCUAUAUUGACUGGGUGUCUAUGAGUCACAUUACUGCUGAAAACUGUAAACUCUUGGAGAUGCUGUGCCUGCUUCUGAACGAACAGGAACUUCAGUUGGGUGCAGCUGAGUGUCUUCUCAUUGCAGUCAGCAGAAAAGGCAAGUUGGAAGACCGGAAGCCCUUGAUGGUCUUAUUUGGAGAUGUUGCCAUGCAUUAUAUACUCUCUGCUGCACAGAUUGCGGAUGGAGGAGGCUUGGUAGAAAAACACUAUGUCUUUUUGAAGAGACUCUGUCAGGUGUUGUCUGCACUGGGCAAUCAGCUGUGCGCAUUGCUGGGUGUAGAUUCUGAUGUAGAAACCCCAGCAAACUUUGGGAAAUACCUGGAAUCUUUUCUUGCUUUCACAACCCACCCAAGUCAGUUCCUACGCUCUUCAACUCAGAUGACCUGGGGAGCCCUCUUCCGUCAUGAGAUCUUAAACCGUGAUCCUUUGCUAUUAGCAAUGAUACCAAAAUAUCUUCGUGCUUCUAUGACAAACUUGGUCAAGAUGGGCUUCCCUUCUAAAACAGACAGCCCUAGCUGUGAAUAUUCUCGAUUUGAUUUUGAUAGUGAUGAAGACUUCAAUGCUUUCUUCAACUCCUCCCGGGCUCAACAAGGAGAGGUGAUGAGGUUGGCAUGUCGUUUGGAUCCCAAGACUAGCUUCCAGAUGGCUGGGGAAUGGCUAAAGUAUCAGUUCUCAUCUUCUAUUGAUGCUGGAUCCAUGAAUUCAUGUUCUCCUGCUACUGGAACUGGAGAAGGAAGCCUCUGCUCCAUCUUCUCCCCUUCAUUUGUGCAGUGGGAAGCCAUGACUUUUUUCUUGGAAAGUGUGAUCAACCAGAUGUUUCGAACACUAGAUAAAGAGGCAAUUCCUGUUAAUGAUGGAAUAGAGUUGUUGCAGAUGGUCCUAAACUUUGACACCAAGGAUCCCCUCAUUCUGUCUUGUGUCCUCACUAAUGUCUCAGCACUCUUUCCAUUUGUCAACUAUAGACAAGAGUUUCUGCCACAGGUCUUCUCUAAGCUGUUUUCAUCUGUCACUUUUGAAACUGUUGAAGAAAGUAAGGCCCCCAGAACCCGGGCAGUAAGAAAUGUGAGGAGACAUGCCUGUUCCUCUAUCAUCAAGAUGUGUCGUGACUACCCUCAGCUCGUACUGCCUAAUUUUGACAUGUUUUAUAACCAUGUGAAGCAACUCCUUUCCAAUGAGCUACUUCUUACACAAAUGGAGAAGUGUGCCCUCAUGGAAGCCCUGGUUCUCAUUAGCAACCAAUUCAAGAACUAUGAGCGUCAGAAGGCGUUCCUAGAGGAGCUGAUGGCACCAGUGGCCAGCAUUUGGCUUUCUGAAGACACACACAGAGUGCUGUCAGAUGUUGAUGCUUUUAUUGCCUAUGUGGGUGCAGAUCGGAAGAGCUGUGACCCAGGCCUGGAAGAUCCCUGUGGCUUAAACCGUGCACGAAUGAGCUUCUGUGUGUAUAGCAUUCUGGGUGUUGUGAAACGAACUUGCUGGCCCACUGACCUAGAAGAAGCUAAAGCUGGGGGAUUUGUGGUGGGUUAUACACCCAGUGGAAAUCCAAUCUUUCGUAACCCCUGCACAGAGCAGGUUCUCAAACUUCUUGACAAUUUGCUUGCCCUUAUAAGAACGCACAACACUUUAUAUGCACCAGAAAUGCUAACCAAAAUGGCACAGCCUUUCACUAAGGCUCUAGAUAUGCUUGAAGUGGAAAAAUCUGCUAUAUUAGGAUUACCUCAGCCUCUCUUGGAACUCAAUGAUGCGCCUGUCUACAAAACAGUCUUGGAAAGAAUGCAGCAUUUCUUCUCCACCCUCUAUGAAAACUGUUUUCACAUCCUAGGAAAGGCAGGCCCUUCCAUGCAGCAAGACUUCUACACCGUGGAGGACCUUGCUACCCAGCUGCUCAGCUCAGCCUUCAUCAACUUGAAUAAUAUUCCUGAUUACCGACUCAGACCCAUGCUUCGAGUCUUUGUGAAGCCUCUGGUGCUCUUCUGUCCCCCAGAGCACCAUGAAACUCUGCUAUCUCCCAUCCUUGGACCUCUUUUCACCUACCUCCACGUGAGGCUUUCUCAGAAAUGGCAAGGCGUCAGCCAGACAAGUCUGCCGUGUGGAGAAGAUGAGACUGCAGAUGAAAAUCCUGAAUCUCAAGAGAUGCUGGAGGAACAGCUGGUGAGGAUGUUAACCCGAGAAGUCAUGGACCUGAUGACGGUUUGCUGUAUUUCAAAGAGAGGUUCCGACCACAGUACUGCUCCCCCUGCAGAUGGAGAUGAUGAAGAGAUGAUGGCCACAGAGUCAACCCCCUCACCCACCCCAGAGCUUACAGAUCUGGGCAAAUGUCUGAUGAAGCAGGAGGAUGUUUGUACAGCACUAUUAAUUACAGCGUUCAAUUCCCUGGGCUGGAAGGAUACUCUGUCCUGUCAGAGGACAACCACACAGCUCUGCUGGCCUCUCCUCAAACAAGUGCUAUCAGGGAAACUGCUCGCAGAUGCUGUUACGUGGCUUUUCACCAGUGUGCUGAAAGGCUUACAGACACACGGGCAACAUGACGGGUGCAUGGCUGCCCUGGUCCACCUGGCCUUUCAGAUAUAUGAGGCGCUGCGCCCUAAGUACCUGGAAAUAAGAGCUGUUAUGGAGCAAAUUCCUGAAAUACAGAAAGACUCUCUGGACCAGUUUGACAGCAAGCUUUUGAACCCCACCCUGCAGAAAGUGGCUGACAAGCGCCGGAAGGACCAAUUCAAACGCCUCAUUGCUGGUUGCAUUGGGAAACCCUUGGGAGAGCAGUUCCGAAAAGAAGUUCACAUUAAGAAUCUUCCUUCACUUUUCAAGAAGACAAAGCCAAUGCUGGAGACAGAGGUGCUGGACAACGAGGGGGCUGGCCUGACCACCAUCUUUGAACCAUGAAUCAAGCUUUUGGGCAUCCUU